AUGGGUGCAAGUAGGAACAACUUCCGGGGAACUUGGUGUCCAUAGAAGGAAAGCAUCGUCUGUUCUAUGACUUUAAUCUGUUGAUUAUUUUUGCUAGCUACUGUCAGUUUACAUUCGAUCAUGGCAGGAAAACUGAAGAAGGUUGUUGAUGAGUGCCGAGAUUCAAAUAAUCCUGAGCUUGAUCUUGGCGAUCGGGGCAUAGUCAACAUGGUAGAGGUACCAGGACUGAUGGAUUUGAAACACCUGACUCGACUGACACUGUGUCAUAACAAAAUAGCAAGUCUUCCUGCCAGUGUGGCGAAUUUUCUCAAUCUGGAAAUCCUCAACCUUUUUAACAAUGUUCUUGAGGAGUUGCCCACUACACUCAGCUCUAUGCCUAAACUGAGAAUUUUAAAUGUUGGAAUGAACCGUCUAAACAGUUUGCCACGUGGAUUUGGUGCCUGCCCACAACUUGAAGUUUUGGACUGCACCUAUAAUAACCUCAGUGAACAUAGUUUGCCAGCAAAUUUCUUCUGUUUAGACACUCUUAGAGCCCUUUACAUGGGAGAUAAUGAUUUUGAAUACAUCCCUCCUGAAAUAGGACGUUUGAAAAAUCUGCAGAUUCUGUGUUUCCGUGAAAAUGACCUUGUGGCUCUUCCUAAGGAUGUAGGAGAACUGGUUCGACUAAGAGAGCUGCACAUUCAGGGCAACAGACUGACUGUUCUCCCUCCUGAGCUGGGCAAUCUGGACCUUGUCGGUACAAAGCAGGUUUUCAAAGCAGACAAUAAUCCCUGGGUAGCUCCAAUUGCUGAUCAGUUCCAAGUGGGCAUCUCCCAUGUCUUUGACUAUAUCCGCUCUGACACAUACAAAUUUCUGUAUGGGCGUCAUAUUACUGCAAAUGCAGCACUCCCACCAAAGACAAAUGACAAGUCAAGGAAGAUUAGCCGAAUCUGUAAAUAAAUUUCAGGACAACUGGUUUGAUGUUUCAAAGUUAUGUGCCCUUAUUCACUCAACAAGAACCAUUAUGGUGCCAUUCAUUGACAAGAGCUAGUCUAUAGGCUUGACCUAAUGAUGUAGAAUUUCAAACCACACUUGAUAUGUAUAUGUGCUUUUGAAGCACACUUUGCCGUAUUUCAUCAUACGUUGGUGCUAAUGCUCAUUCUUUGAGUGGUGCUUCUGUCCAUUUUGUAUUAAUGCUUUAUAGAUUUUUUUUCCACAUGACAACUCUUUAUUGACGAGGGUAACACACACACACAAAAAAAGAAACAAAGGUUUUGUUCAUUUACGUAUAGUCCUAGAUCAAAGAGGAAAAUAAUAUCAGAUUAUUAGAAAAAAACAAAGCUUUCAAUAAAAAAAAUACUGCUUUGUAGAUCGUGUAAUAAUUUUGCAGGUACAAAUGAUAAUGCAUGCAGAGACUCAUGCAUGGUUUUUUAAAACAAAGUUUCAGCAUGUCUGCUGAGAAAAUGCCUCAUUUCUUCAUAGAGCCAGAUUAUCGUUGGUGGAUUUCAUACCAUAAAGAAAUCAUCUGCAAACUACAGUGUAGUAGAUGCAAUGAUUUUAUGAAAAGGGAGGGUAUAGUACUGUAGUCAAUAAAUAUUAUCCACUUACACCCACUUUUGCAGAAUAUAAAAAGAGAAAUAUGGUCUGUACUGUUAGGCUUGAAUAAGCACAAAGGGAAUUUAGAUGCUAACAUUUGAUAGUAUGGCAUAAAAAUGUGGUUAUGGAUGUAGGAUAUCACAAAGCACCAGGACUAUUCAGUAGUUUCUCAUACAAUUAGCUAAAGUAUUAAAAGAACAGUGGGGAUAGUAAUAGGGGAUAGUAAGAGGGUUGAUAUGUGUAUAGAUACAUUCGUGCACUGUUACAUUUACAUACACACAUGGAAAGAGAAACAUACAGCCAUAACCAUACUUUUAAGAUUGUGAUGAUGUCAUCGUUGUUAUAGGAUUUUUUUUUGAUAGUACUAGAUGCUAGACAUGUAACUAGAUGUAACAGCUCUUGGGUUUCAGAUCAAGGAACAUGCUUAUUUAACUUUGACUUCUUCUGUGACUCUAAUUUCAUUAGACUUCUCUACAUGUGAUUUGUCUGUUGACAUAUAUAGAAUUGGAAUAUAGUUCUCUAGAUCUGACCUUUUAAUUCUCAGAAUAUUGUUUGCAUUUAUCCCGCAUAAAUUUGUAAUGUAAUAGACUUCUUAGUAUGGUCUUUUUAUAUAUGAGCUGAAUGUAAAUAGUAUUUAUAUCUAGUGCAAUAUCUCAACAUAUGAUAAAGUGUUUGUGAUAGAGUUGCAUCAAAGUGAAAGAGAGUGCUACAACUAUGGUGUACAUCUAAAGACAUUUUCUAAAGUAAAUCUUUAAAGGUGGUCUUUUAAAGCAGUUAGAUUUAAAAUUUUUUUUAUCACAUGGACUAUUUUGUCUUUGCAUCAAUGACAGUCACCACGCAGAUGAAAUGUCCUAAUGCUGUUAUUUUCAAGCAUUUGGAAAAGACAUUUGACUUUGAUUUCAAAAUUAAGUAUUACAUGACCAAGUUCAGCAUUUGCAGGACUUAUUCUGUUUCAUAAGUUUGCUAUUGCUUUUAAAUUCUGUCACUGACCAAUUAAUAUUUUGAAGGCCUGCAAGUAAAUAUGUUACCUCAUCUUUGAUGAAGUAAAGUUUCUACCAUCUACUAUUACAGUAUAGUGCAGUAUAUGAAGAUGUUGGAAUAGAGUUGAGCUCUAGUACACUUGUUGAUGGUUAUUUAUCACAAUUCUGGAGCUGUGGAUGAUCCUGACCGCAGGCAGUAGCUUUUGCAUGCUUGGAACAGCCUGCUAGUCACUGACCAUUUAUCAUGAUGCGGCGAGUUGAUCAUAAACAACCAGAGCCCUGUGCUUCUCUAACAGAAUAUUACAAAAAAAUAUGCAGAUGCAUUUCUUUUUGUCAAGAGGAGGACAUGAUAUAAGCACUUGCUGAUACUGUUCAUGCUACUGUUUGAAAUACUUUAUGAGUCAACAGACUUCUAUGCCUGAAUAUACAACUGUUAAUCUAUAGUGUAUUACUUUUUUAUGUUAACCAAACAAAAUGGUAUGAAAAUAUUUAUGUGUAUAAUUAUAACAUAGUAUCUUAAUAAACUUCUUGUACUAUAAUUU